AUGGCAGCAGUCGCAGAAUUGGCGUUGCUGGAGAAGUCCCUGGGGCUGAAUAAAGGGAACAAAUACAACACUCAUGGCAAGUGCCAGGUUCCAAUUCUUCAAACAAACAAUGGUCCAAAUCUAAUAGGAUUGACGACUAUAGCAGCUCAUUUAGUCAAGCAAGCCAACAAAGAAUAUUUGCUUGGAAGCACUGCAGAAGAAAAAGCAAUAGUUCAACAGUGGUUAGAAUACAGAGUAACUCAAGUAGAUGGACACACCAAUAAAGAUGAUACCCGCAUUCUGUUGAAGGAUCUUAAUUCAUAUCUUGAAGAUAAAGUCUACCUUACAGGAUAUAACUUCACCUUAGCAGAUAUCUUAUUAUAUUAUGGACUUCAUCGUUUUAUAGUUGACCUGACAGUUCAAGAAAAGGAGAAAUAUCUUAAUGUCUCUCGCUGGUUUUGUCACAUUCAGCAUUACACAGGCGUCAGGCAGCACCUGGCUAGUAUUGCCUUCAUCAAGAACAGACUCUAUACUAAUUCCCACUAGAAGUACCCAUGCCACACAGAAGAGCGAUUUCAAAUAUUUUAACUGGAAAGUAUACUCUGGACCAGAGGACUAACGUAAAUUGAUAAG